AUGGUGAUGGAUUGCGGCGGCGCCGGCGUGGUGGCUGUGGCGGUGGUGGUGAGAGAGUACAACCCGAAGAAGGACCUCGAGGCGGUGGAGCGAAUGGAGAACAGUUGUGAGGUGGGGCCCAGCGACCAGAUGGCCCUCUACACGGACCUCUUGGGCGACCCGAUUGCCAGGAUCCGCAACUCGCCCGCUCAUCUCAUGCUGGUGGCGGAGAUGGUGGUGGUGGGCGGCGGCGGGAAGGAUUGGGAGAGGAGAGAGAUAGUUGGGACUGUGAGGGGCUCCAUCAAAACCGUUACUUGUGGCACCAAAUUCACCAGGAUUAACGCUAAUAUUAAUAAUAAUAAUAAUAAUAAUAAAAAUAAUAAUAAUAAUAAUAACAACUAUAAGGAGGCACUCCCCGUCUACGCUAAACUCGCUUAUAUCCUGGGCCUUCGUGUCUCACCGUCUCACAGGCGAAUGGGCAUUGGAUUGAAGCUCGUGCGCAAAAUGGAGGAAUGGUUCAGAGACAACGGCGCUGAGUACUCUUACAUGGCCACCGAGAACGACAACGAGGCCUCCGUCAACCUAUUCACCAAGAAAUGCGGCUACUCCAAGUUCCGGACUCCAUCUAUCCUCGUCCAGCCAGUAUUCGCCCACCGCGCCCGGGCCGACCGGAGGGUUUCCAUCAUCCGGCUCGGCUCCCGCGACGCCGAGACGCUCUACCGCCAGCGAUUCUCAUGCACCGAGUUCUUCCCGCGCGACAUCGACGCCGUCCUCAACAACCGCCUGAGUCUGGGCACCUUCCUCGCCGUGCCGGAGGGUUCCUAUGGUGGUGCUGCCGAGUGGCCCGGCGCCGGGGGGUUCUUGGCGGCUCCGCCGGAGUCGUGGGCGGUGGUCAGCGUGUGGAAUUGCAAGGAGGUGUACCGGCUCCAGGUGCGGGGCGCGUCGCGCGUGAGGAAGGGGCUGGCGAGGGCCACGCGGGUCUUGGACAGGGCCCUGCCCUGCCUGCGCGUACCAUCGGUGCCGAACGUAUUUGGGCCGUUUGGGUUUCUGUUUCUGUAUGGGCUCGGGGGGGAGGGCCCAGAUGCGGUGAGGAUGAUGAGGGCCUUGUGUGGGGUGGCCCAUAACCUGGCGCGGGAGGAAGGGUGUGAGGUUGUGGCGGCCGAGGUGGGAAGGGAGCCGCUCAGGUUAGGGAUACCGCAUUGGAAGAGUCUAUCGUGCGCGGAGGAUCUGUGGUGCAUGAAGCGGCUUGGGGAGGACUACAGUGACGGGUCUGUUGGGGACUGGACAAAGUCGCCGCCUGGUCUGUCCAUUUUUGUUGAUCCUAGAGAGGUCUAG